CAGAUUAAAAAAUAUGACUUUUAUAUAAUUUUUAUUUUUACCCAGAAUAAUUUAAGUCAAAUAAAACUUGAUUCCUUGAAAAUUAGCUGAUCAACCUGUCUAACAAGUCUAAUAAACGCGAUCCUAACUCGUAAACUCCCAGUCCUAGUCCACAUCCAACCGGAUUGACAAAACCGCAACAAAAAUAAUGAAAAGAAAGAACAAACAAAUAAUUAAAGAUAAGACAACUUAAUAGAGACUAGAAAAUAGAUAGAUAGAUACUCGAGUUAAAUGUUGAGUCAACGAUGACCUGAGUUACAACUUAACUUAAUACAACAACGCCGUUACAUACGCCACUUAACUAGUUAAUGACUUAAUGUUAAAUCCUAAACCAAACUCACUCUAACUCAGCGUUAACCACACGUGUUCCCUUUAACCCAACUUAAACCCAUCUUCUUAACCCUAGUUUAACUUUUCACUACCUAACAAAAUCCCAACCACGCUAAACUAAAAUCCUUUUCUUUACUCACUUCCCUUUUUCCUCUCUACUUCUUCACACUCUCUCUAAAAACUCCGCAACUAACGGCAUAUUCUCUCUCUGAAAUUUCCAAUUCCAUUCUAAUGUCAUUUUAAUCCAACACACCCACAAAACGCGUCAUUUUGAGGAGAGAGAAAAGAAAAUCCAACAAUGGUGGUGAAGAUGAUGAGGUGGAGACCAUGGCCGCCCCCGGUGUCGACGAAAAAGUACGAGGUUAAAUUGGUAAUUAAGAGGGUAGAUGGGUGGUAUGAUCAGGUGCGGGAGGGUGUACAAGAAGAAUAUGAAGGAGAACCUUAUAAAGAGAAAUUGAUGGUUGAGAUUCGAUGGAAAGGACCUCUGAAUAAUAAUAAGGUUGGUCUAAUGCGUCGGAGGUCGUCGGAAAAGAGGGAUUUUACUAAGGAUGUUGAAGGGAGUAAAGAGAAUCAAAACGGUGACGUUUUUGAGUGGAACGAUGAGUUUCAGAGUGUUUGUUGUUUUUCUUCUGUUAAAGAUAAUUGCAACUCUUUUCUUCCUUGGGAGAUCGGAUUCUCUAUUUUUCAUGGUUCGAAGCCAGGUCCAAAGAACAAGGUUUCUGUCCUUGCUACUGCAUCGCUUAAUUUAGCUGAGUAUGCAUCAAUGACUGAGCAAAAAGAAUUCGAAUUGAGCAUUCCUCUGAUACUUUCAGGCAGUACUGCUGAUUCUUCUCCUUCCCUACAUAUAUCAUUGAACCUGCUGGAACUUAGAACUACACAGGAUUCUGGAGAUUCUCUGCAACGGUCUAUUGUUCCUGUGUCAUCACCUCCUCAGCCCGGGGAAUCACUUCCAGCAGAGAAAGAUGAACUUUCUGCACUGAAAGCUGGCCUAAGAAAAGUAAAGAUUCUGACGGAAUAUGUUUCUGCCAGAAGAGCGAAGAAGGCAUGCCGGGAGGAAGAGGGCAGUGAAGAGAGGUGUUCUUCUAGGAGUGAGGAUGGUGAUUACCCAUUUGACUCAGACUCGUUUGAUGAAUUUGGUGAAGGAGAGACGGAUGAAGGAAAGGAGGAUCCUAGUGUUCGGAAGUCGUUUAGUUAUGGGACUCUGGCUUAUGCUAAUUAUGUGGGAGGAUCCUUGGCUUCUGGCACACGCGUCACUAGUGAGGAUGAAGAUUGGAUUUAUUACAGUCACCGAAAGUCAGAUGUCGGGUGUUCAGUCAAAGAAGAUUCCACUUCAUUAGUUAGUGAGCCACCACUUGUGCAGAGUUCAAAACGUAGCAUACUUCCUUGGAGAAAGAGAAAACAAAUUUUCAGAUCUCCUAAAGCUAAAGGAGAGCCAUUGUUGAAGAAGGCUUAUGCUGAAGAAGGUGGGGAUGAUAUUGACUUUGACCGACGACAGCUCAGCUCAGAUGAAUCCAUCUCUUUUGGAUGGCCUAAGAGUGAAGAUGAUUUGGCAGCAAAUCGGCCAUCAAUAUCAGAAUUUGGCGAUGAUAGCUUUGCUGUAGGAAGCUGGGAACAGAAAGAAAUUGUGAGUCGCGAUGGACAGAUGAAGCUUUAUGCAGAGGUUUUCUUUGCUUCCAUUGAUCAAAGGAGUGAGAGAGCAGCUGGUGAAAGUGCUUGCACUGCUUUAGUUGCUGUUAUUGCUGAUUGGCUCCAUAAAAAUAGUGGAAUUAUGCCUAUCAAAUCUCAGUUCGACAGUCUAAUCAGAGAUGGCUCUCUUGAAUGGAGGAAACUCUGUGAGAAUGAAACAUACAGAGAAAGGUUUCCUGACAAGCAUUUUGAUCUAGAGACUGUUCUGCAGGCCAAGAUUCGCUCUCUUUCUGUCCACCCUGGCAAGUCUUUUAUUGGGUUUUUUCACCCUGAAGAAACCGUUGAUGGCAAAUUUGACUUUUUACAAGGUGCAAUGUCCUUUGACGGAAUUUGGGACGAGAUCAGCCGUUCUAGUUUGGAUUGCUCUAGCUCUGGUGAUCCUCAUGUUUACAUUAUAAGUUGGAAUGACCACUUUUUUAUUCUCAAGGUGGAGCCUGAUGCUUACUAUAUCAUUGACACUUUGGGAGAGAGGCUGCAUGAAGGAUGUAAUCAGGCUUAUGUGUUGAAAUUUGAUCGAAACACCAGGAUCGCUAAACUCCCAGCUAACUCCCAAGCACCGGAUGAAAAAUCUGCCAUAGAUCAACCUAUGUCAGGAAACGGGCCCGAACCAAGAAAUGGACCUGUUGAGCCAAAAGUCGAAGAUUCCACAAAGAGUGAAGAAGAGGAACUUCUUUGUCAAGGGAAGGAGGUUUGCAAAGACUACAUCAAGAAUUUUAUGGCAGCACUUCCUAUAAGCGAACUGCUUGCAGACCUCAAGAAAGGCCUAUUGUCUUCUGCCCCACUGCACCGUCUUCAGGUCGAGUUUCACUAUACGCAGUUUCUCUCUUCUCCCUUGGCCGAGGUGUCAUCAGCUGCUGAAGUAGUGGCUGCAACUGCAAACUUACCACAUGAAAAUGUAGCAAUAUCUGAAGUUGCCGCUGCAUAGAAUGGUGCCACUGCUUAGAAUGGUGUAUAUCUUAGCUAAGGUUUUAACUGCACUAACUGCUUUUUCCGUUAUUUCGUUUAUCUGCUUUGUAAGGGUUCAAACGGGCUCUCAAGAAAAGCAAAGAUGAGCUCGUGUGAGUCUUUUCCUAAUGGCUUAUUUUUCUGCAAAGCUUUUUAGGUUGGAUUUCCUCUUGUUGCUGUAGGAAAUGUAACUAUCUCUCCUUUUGUAAUCUUCCUGGCACAACUUUUUAUUAAUCUUGUAAGGGUCAGUUUGGAAUGAUAACUAGGUCUUUUCGAAACUGAUAUUCGAACUCUAAACUUUAGAUACCUCUAAUGUAUUCUUUUCUCAACAUUUUGUUACCCUUAUGUAGCUUAAAUUAAUGAGAUAUUCAUUUGUUACUUGA